GAUAAUUUAAAGAUAUAGAGAUUAUAUAUUUUAGCUGAAAAAGUGAUAUGUCACACGAAUUGAGGUCAAGAGAUGCGUGAAAGAGCCUUUAACAAGACCCUAAACCAGCCAAGAGAGGCUUAUGUAUCUAUCAUACAUUCAUCAGAAUCUUAUGUCUGCGGAGCAAUAGCUUUGGCUCAAAGCAUCAAACAAUCCACCUUGACAAAAGACCUUGUCCUCUUAGUGGAUGAAACCAUCUCCCAAAAAUCGAUUCAUGGUCUCAGAGAAGCAGGAUGGAAAAUCAAGAAAAUCAAAAGGAUCCGAAGCCCCCAUGCACAAAAACGUGCAUAUAAUGAAUGGAACUACAGCAAACUUCGAAUAUGGCAACUUGUAGAGUACGAUAAACUCAUCUUCAUAGACUCUGAUCUCAUUGUCCUUAGAAACUUAGACAAGUUUUUCGCAUACCCACAAAUGUCAGCAGUCGGGAAUAGCAGACAUGUUUUCAACUCCGGUCUAAUGCUAAUCGAACCAUCAGAGUGCACUUUCAAAACCCUAAUGGAGAAAACAAAUACUACGGGAUCAUACAAUGGGGGAGAUCAAGGGUUUCUGAACGAAGUCUUCUCAUGGUGGCACCGGUUUCCAUCUGGCUUAAAUUUCAUAAAGAACUUCAAGUCAGUGCAGGGCGAAAAGCAUGAUGUGCCAAAGAAUGUAUACACUAUACAUUUCAUAGGGAUGAAGCCAUGGAGGUGUUAUAGAGAUUAUGAUUGUAACUGGGACAACAUAGACAACCAACAUUUGGCGAGUGACAUGGCUCACGAAAUGUGGUGGAAGGUUCAUGACAGAAUGCCUCAGAAUUUGAAGCAGUAUUGUGCUCUGAAACCAUGGGCAGAAGCAGAAAUAAGAACGUGGAGGGAAAAGGCGAAGAAUGCGAGUUUUGCUGACGGGCAUUGGAAAAUCCCAGUGAGGGAUCCAAGAAGAGGUUCCUAUAUGUGAUUAUUAUUCCCAUCUACAUUUUCAAGUAGGAUUCUACUAGUGGAUAGUUAACCACAUACCUUAAUUUUUCUUUGGAUACUGUUGGUCAGAUAGUCCAUAACUAUUUUUUGCACACGAAUUAAAAAUGAUCCUUAAGGUAGUACGAACAAUCAAUUUUAUAUGCAAUUCUCAGUUUACCCUUUGUAUAGUUAACAAUUUCCUAUGUAUGAAUAAUAUGUAACUUUGAUGUUCUUGAAUAAGUAGGAAUGAAGUUGGAACAUAAGAAAAGUAAAAGCCCAUACCGAUAAAGAAAUUGGACUAUCUUUG